CCAAACUGGCUGGGGCUGACGGAAGUCCAGAACAGCUGGAGGGCUCCACGUUACGUGGAGGCUGAAGUAAAAUGGCGUAAAAGAACCGGAAGUUUACGUCCGAGUGUUCCUCUGAGCUUCACGCGGCGCUGCGGGGGCGGAAGCGGCUCGACCGGCGGCGAUCGUGGGAGCGUGUCGAAGGCGAAGAUGAAGAUGAAGCAGUCCAAGGCGGCCAAGCUCGGCCCCGUUACCGGGUGAGGAACGCGGCCCGCGCUAUGCCCUCUCUCCGCUCCGCCCCGCGGCUCCCUCACCUCGGGUGCUAGAGGAGUCCUGCGCGCCGGCGUCGCGGUCCAUGCCGUUGCGUUUGCCUGCCGACCCUCCAGACUCUCUUGGGGCCCCCAAAAAAAUUUAAAGGAAAAAAACCUGGAUGUACAUUUCCAAAAUAAUAAGAUAAAAAACAAAUAAAAUAAAUAAAAUAAAACCUACAUACAGCAACAGUGUUUUGUGUUCUGUAGGCUCCUGUGAUGUAAGUAACCAGGCCUGCUGGCCUGCUCCCUAAAAUAUCACUGGUUUGCUCAUUUCUAUAUAUAGGGUGCCUACAUUCUGCAUGUGCAAGUGGCUUUAGAUACCUAUUAGCUCCAUAAAUUACCAUAAAGCAUAUAUUCAACACAAAAAAACAGCGACAGUUUGUUGUUGACAAAGGACAGCUGGAUAUAUAAAGGGCCCCAUGAGCUUAGAGCCUCAUCAAACCUAAAUCCGGCCCUGGAAGGCACCCUGAGGGUCCUUUAGUCCAAUCCCCUGCAAUGCAGGAUUCCUGCUCACUGCUGUCCCAGGAUUGGCUCAAACCAUCAACCUUCUGGUUUUAACAGCCAAACGCACUGACCCAUUUCACCACAGAGGGUCGAUUAUGGGAGCAGCCAUGUAUCUGUUCAGCAGUUUGCCCCCAAAGUUCUCAUAGAAGCAAGAUUGGUCUCCAAGAUUGACUAAGAGAAACAAACACACACACACACACACACACACACACACACACACCAGGAGUCUCUCAAAAUGAACACCUCCUAUAGCGUCUGCGUGGUUAGCUUGCUCCUUAUCAACAAAACAUAAUAUUGCUGUUGGUAGUUGUAACUCCUGUAGCAUUUAAGAACAUAAGAUGAGCCUGGCGGAUCAGGCCAGUGGGCCAUCUAAGUCCUGCAUCCUGUCCUGGCAGUGGCUAGCCAGAUACUUAUGGGAAACCCACAUGCAGGCCUUGGGCGAGGGGCGCAACCCACUGUGCAAUCUUCUAAUUGUGUGUGGCUGGGGAUUUAAAUUGUGGAAUUGUGUUACAGCAAGUCUGCAGUUUAUGAGGGGGUUACAUUACUGGGGAUUGUGCCUAAAGCUAGAAUCGUGUAUAAUCAUAAACCCAUUGGGUUCAGUGGCAGGUGGGAUUGCCAAAAUAAUUUUCCCUGGAUCCCCACCAUGCUUUUUAUUUUUUAGAAAUCUUUUUGGCAUGCGUGUAAAGCUGAAUGUGCACAAGUUAAAUGUGCAUAAAUUGUGGACUUACUGUAGUUCAUUUCUGCCUUUGUUUUGAUUUUUCUGAUUACUAUAAAUUACCUAAAUAUAGUUAAAUGAAGGAAUUUGCCAUACUUACUCAGGUUAGUGUGUAGUUUAGAAGGCUUUUAACACUUUAAGCUAGAGGAAGUAAAAUGCUAAAGUUACACAUUAAUCUGAGUAUGUAUGGCAGAUAUAUUGCAAGUGGUUUGACUUGGUAUUUUUUAAAUAACAAAACUGUAAAAAGUUAUUUUGUUAUGUGAUGUGACAGAGAUAUAACAAAGCUUUAAGUUCAAGGGGUACCAGACUUGGUACACUAGGGGAGAUUUAUGCACUUCUGUAGCCUUUCACUCUUGACAAAUAUUUUUCUAACAUUAUUUCAUUUAUUAGAUUUAUAUACCGCCCUUCAUUAUAAGAUCUCAGGGCAGUUCAGAGAAUAAAAUAAAGAAUAAAAGCAAGUAACUAAGUAAAACAAAACAGCAAAACAAUACGCCCCUUCCCACAGACAUAUGCAGGACCUACCUGCACCGGCAGAUGAGCUGCAAUGGUGCACAAAUCUUUUCUAAUAUACCAAGACUGGUACCCCUUAAAUUUAAUAUUUGUCACAUCACACAACAAAGUAACUUAAUAAAGUUUUGUUAUAAAAAUAAUUUUGAGACAAACCACUUGCAGUAUUUUUGGAAAGACAGUAUAAUUGCUCCUUCUCUCAAAUGCAUACCUGACAUUGAUUUCUGGCAAUGUAAAAGUAAUCAUACAAGAAUCAGAGCUGUCUCUUGUUUGUUUUUCUCCUCCUACAUAGUGAUUAUCUCCUUGCAGUCUAUGAUUUUUGCAUUAUAUUUUCCUUUAAUUGGAAAACUGCUGCGGAAAUUAUCUUGUAAGAUUGAAAGGCAAGGUAGAAACAUCUAAGCAAAAGUAGGAAAAACUGCAGGCUGUUGAUUGUGAAGUGCCAUGUGUUUAUUUUUCCAGAAGUCCAUGGCCCAUUGGCUCUGGAAGCAGACAUAUGUGCAGAGACUUCUCCGUCUGUAUACUUACAGCAAAUGAAACACUCAUAUUGUACUAAUUCUUCAAAAGUAAUGACAUGCACAAUCUGCUUGGUUUUUUUCCAUGGAUAUUAUUGGUUUGUUUUACCUGUAGUUUGUGCUUUAUAGGACAGUACUAAAUGGGACCUGAUGAUCAACUUUAUCUCUUUAAUAGCAAAGCAUGUGAGAAAGAUGCUGCCACUGUAUCGAAGGAAGAUUAUGUUGUGGGUGAAGUGGCCAACAGUCUGUUUCAAAAUAAACCCACCGCAUGUGGCACAGGUUCCCUGGUCCAGCUCUUCAGUGCUCCUGAGGCUGAAAUACAGCCAGUGUAUGUUGCUGUGCCAAGAGUAAGCACAUUUCUUUACCUAUGUAAUUCCCAAAAUGUGAGUUCAGUUCCCAGUACUGAAGUAUGCCAGCAUUUGGAAUGCUUGACGCCCCUUAAAUAAGACUGUAGAUGUUACCUGUUAACAGUUCCAUAUUUCAACUCCUUAACCAGGCUGUGAGACUGUUGUUUGCAUUCAUGUUACGGACACUGAAGAUGACAGAUCAUAAGGAUGGUCAUAGCACCCUUAUUUUUCACACUAUGUUCUUGUUUGAAACUGUUGAUACAUCCCUUUUGGUGUUGCGGGCGGAGGAACAAGCAGCUGAUAUAUUUUUUAAAAAGAUUCUCAAAAACAGAAGCUGUGCCAUCAUGAUAGGUCUUGGGUGCCAUAAAAUAUUUUAAUGAUUGUUCCUUCAUUGAAAGCUUAUGAAACUUAAAGGUGCUCUUAAAAUAUAUUUGUCAGCUGUCAUUGGUAAUGCUUCAUCUUUUUUUUCUGACAGAGAAGAAUCAACAGAGUGCUUUGCCACCAACAAGUAUUAUAGACAGUGCCUCUAAGUUACAUUGGGCUUCUGAAAGCAGAAUUUUAUCCAGAUGUUCACCCCCACCCUCUCUCAAAUUACCUGAUGAAAAUCUGCCACCCUCCCAAUACAGUCUUGUUGGUUGUGUGAUUACCGAUCAAAACAACAUAGGAUUUUCUUUUUAAAAUAAAUAAAUGUCUUUUUCAGUUUUGGUAGAGGCCUGAUUAAUACUUCACCAGUGUUGCAUGAGAACUGUUUUCACUAAGGCUGGUCCAAUGCUGCACAGUUCAUGUUUGUAGAAACUGCAUUAUAAACCCAACUCACCUGCUUCUUGCGGGGCUUCUGUAGUAUGGGAAUAGCCCAUGUAGUGUCGACUCUGAUUAUACAGAUGCAACUUAUGAAAUGACCCUUGUGUGAAGUAAAAAACCUUAAAAAGAGAGUCAAUAAGCCCUUUACACCUGAUUCAGUUUAAUUCUAAUCAUCACUACCUUUUAAAAAUAGCUUUUUAAAAAUACCUUUCCCUGAGCAAUUAUCUCCCAUUCUAAAAUUGCAAACUAUUACAAAAACCAUCUCAAAAGUGUGAGAUCCUCAAGAUUAUUUUAUACAGUGGUACCUUGGUACUUGAACGGCUUGGCUCCUGAACAAAUUGGCUCCUGAACGCCGCAAACCCGGAAGUGAGUGCUCCGUUUUGCAAACUUUUUUGGAAGCCGAACAUCCGCCGCGGCUUCCAAUUGAGUGCAGGAAGCUCCUGCAGCCAAUCGAAAGCCGUGCCUUGGUUUUUGAACUGUUUCAGGAGUUGAGCCGACUCCCGGAACAGAUUAAGUUCGAGAACCAAGGUACCACUGUAUCUGAAAUCACAUGUGAGAAGUUGCUUAAGGUAUUUUUUCACAUAAAAAUUUCAUGAAUAAAGGAGUGGGGCGGGGGUAACAUAAAACUUAAGUUGUCCCCAAAGUACAUAUUAUCUUAUUGCUGUCCGGUGACCUUGUAUUUCCCCAACCCCUUGUAUGACCACGUUCUAACUAAUUCUUUAAAAUCACUUUUCUAAAAGGAAUAUAAGAAACGGAAGCUUACGGAAGAAGAAACUGCCACAGAAGUUCAGAGUUCGUCUAGUAAAGGAGAGCCUUUAAAAAAAAAGCUAAAAGCUAAAAAGAAGGAUAUCUCUCUUGCAGAGGAAAGAGUAGCAAGCAGGUAAGUUAAACACUUUAAAACUGAUUAAGUUCAGAAUAAUCUAUUAAAGGCAACCAUCUGUCCUCACUCCCCCAUGGUCUGACUUGAAGACCAUUAGUAAGUCUUACCAAAUUCAAUAGCACUUACUCCCAGGUAGGUAGGGUUAGGAUUACAGUCUAAACUGUUUGUUUUAGUUUGCAGCACUUAAUAUAAAGCAAAUUUUAUCAUACUUGUCAUUUCUGUUGAUUGGUUAUCUUCUCUGGGUCAGAAUUUAGAAAUAUAGAGCGAAUUAGGGCACAUAAUAAAUUUUGGGUUUUUUCGUUGAGCAGUGUACAUUUUAUAGAACGGCACUGUUGUAGAAGUAAAGGUACUCUGUCUUUGAUUAAAACAAUUUGAAGGCCAACAAUGAUUAAUAGAACAGAACUAUGCAUGUUCCUUCAGAAUUAAACCCAACUGAGUUCAGUUAGACUUACUCUCAGGUAAAUAUGCACAGAAUUUCAGCAUAAGCAUGUGAAAUAUGCACUGGCUCUUAAGAGUAUAAAUUGUAUGCAUAUCUACUCAGAAGCAAAUUCCAUUUAGUCCCAUUCAGUUCAGUGUGAUUUACUCCCUUAUAAGCGUGUAAGACUGUAGCUUUCAUUUAUGUCACGCUCAGCCCCACUAAGGUUUGUUGACUGCUUGUUGCUUGAGUGACAGUAAUUGCAUGUUUUCAAUAUCGUUGUUGUCAGUCUCUCUAGCAAUGUUGUCCAUUCCCCCCACCCCAUCUGCUGCUUCCCCAGACAGUGGAUUAGUAGAGGUAAAAUAUAGAUUUUUUGUGACUAUUAAAAAAACACCUGCUAACAAAGUUGUUGUACUUUUUCAUCGUUUAUCAAGGGAAUGUGCUUUGGAUGUAGCAGAUGAAGAGGAGGAGAAAAAAGAAAUACAAAUUAAACAAAAACUGAAAAAUAGACGUUCUAAAUUGGUUUCCCAAAAGCUUUCAGAUGAAGAUGCUGGACUAAAACAAAAGAAAACACAAGUUAACCUGGCUGAGGAAAUGCUAAAGAAUAAAAGAACAAUUUUUGUGGGCAAUUUACCUGUUAGUUGUAAGGCACAGGUAAGUUUGUGUGCAGAGGAGUUAUGGUCCCCAGUAUAGCAAGUGUUCAGGAGUUUGUUGUCACAUACGGUAUCUGCAUUCCCCCAUUUUUUAUCCAUGUAGAAGUUUUAGCACCAUAUAUUUUUCUGUGCUUCUUUGACCUAACUGAAGAUUAUAUAAUUCAGUUACAGAUAAACCAGAUUUCCCAGUUCUGUGUUUUACUACUCCCUCCCAUUUAUUUUUUUAGAAGAUGAUGUACUUCUUGUCCUUAAUACCAUGAGCCAGAUAAAAGUUGUGUAGGGACCAUCACGCUGUAUGGAUGAAAUAUUUGCUGCUUAUUAUUUUUGCUCACAUUUGCUCUGACAAAUUACACCGUAUGCUUGUUUCAAUUUAGAUGCUGAAGACGUUUUUCAAAGAAUAUGGGCAAAUUGAAUCAGUUCGUUUCCGCUCUUUGGUAUGUUUUGGUUGUUGAUUUUUAUAAUAUUAGCUGCAUGUAUCUUCAUGGGGAGAGAGUCUCUGGGGAAAAGCAAAAUUGUGCUGUAUGUGGGGAAAGUAGUGGCUCCUUAUACUUUUACCCAUGAGCUAUUGCUACUUUGUUCUCAUACAGCUUCCAUAGCAAAAGGGUUAGUUUUGUGGCUGGCAAUUUGUCACAGUAGAAAAGAUGCUGGUUUUUCCUUGUUACCUACCUACUGCUUGUUCCAGUAUUAAAGGGCCACAACAGGCAGCUGCGAUGGUGCUGCCAUUUGGAACUGGAAGAAGUAAAGCUGGAGAAGCAAAGGAGGUGAGGGAGAAUAUGGCAGGAUAGGAGCAGAAAAGCAUCUUACCCAGUGUAAACCAGUUUUGGCUUGGCUUAGCCAAGGCAUAAUUUCUAGUUAGCACACAUCCUCCCAAGUUCUGUAUCUACACUCUUCCAAAUAGUGCUGGGCUUUGUAGCUAGCAGGAAGUGCAUCAACGUGACCUCAGAAACCCAUGUCCUUCCUCCAGCAAAAGAUUAGGGAAGGAUCUAGUGUGGUGUUGAGUUCAUAAUGUGAUAUGAUAACAGAACAACACCUACCAACUAAUGCACUACUUUUUUCCCUUCCCUUUCCAGAUUCCAGCUGAGGCUACUGUAUCCAAAAAAAUGGCAGCCAUAAAGUAAGUUAUAAUUUUUUAAUAAUUUUUUAUAAAAUGUGUUUAAUUUUUAGAAUGGGGAAACUCUACACAUUUUCAUUUCAUUUUUUUUUCUUUUUAGCAGUUAAAUUUUGUUAAUUGUUGUUAUUUUCAAAAUAAAUACAUUCAGUAGGUUUGCUAAAGACCAGGGGUUCUUUCUACUGUUCUGGAACAAAUUGGGAACUGAGGUUAUUCUGCCAUUCAUUGUGUUGAUUGGUAUAAAUGGUAGAGCAGUGAGUAGCACUUUGUGCUAUAAGUGUGGCAUAAUAAAGCCACAUCCAACUUCCUACUUGGAAAAGGUAGAAACUAUUUUUCUACCCAAUUCCUUACUAUUGUGCUGAAAUAAUGCAUUUUUUAGCCAAAUGAAGACUCCUUAAGAUGCUUCCCAAUGGGGCAGGAAGGGGCCCUGUCUCUCAUUCCAGCAAAAUUGUCUUACAUUUUUGUACUGAUGAAGAAAUAUCAGGAGAGACUGAUCCUGUGUAUUCCAGAUCAAGAAUGUAUACAACUAGACAGUUCCUUAAAAAGCUUGUUAAGUGCCAUUGAAUUCAGUAGAAUUUGUGUCUUAGCAAACAUGCUGAGGAUUGUGCAAUAUAUUCUAAAGCAGGGGUAGAGAACCUUUGGCUCUCUGAUGUUGGACUCAAAUUCAAAGGAGGAUGAGAGUUGUAGUUCAACAACAACUGGAGGGCCACAGUUUCCCCACCCCUGUUCUAAAGCCAUCCAUUCAGCUUGCAAACGUACAUAUGUAAUUUGUAAUUAAAUGUAUAGUAAACUUCAUUUUUUUCCCUUCAGGCGAAUGGUGCAUCCUAAUAUGAAGUACAUUAAUGCUUAUGUCGUUUUCAAGGAGGAAUGUGCAGCCAAUAACGCCUUAAAAUGGUAUUUUUAAAAAGAAUUCUUGAUGCUGGAUUUUAUAAAGUAUUACGACAUGCAUUUAAUUAAAUAAAUCUUAACAAAAGACGUAUCCUAAAUUGUAAAUACCUUUUCUGAAGUAACACGCUGUGCAAACUAGGAAGGUAGCUGACUGUUUUUCUUCCUGAUUAUUUUUUCCUGUUGUGGCUUUAAUAGUAAUGGAACAGAAUUUACCAGUGGAUUCCACAUAAGAGUUGACCUUGCUUCAAAAUCUGCAUGUGUAAGUAAUUCAAUUGCUGUAGGAAGAACCCCCCCCCAACUGCUUCCUUAGACUGUUGAUUCAAUUCUUCUUGUUCACUUGUUUUACAGCACGAUAACAAGAGAUCUAUUUUUGUGGGAAAUCUCCCUUAUGGUAAGUGUUCGGUGAAAUUUUACACUCUUCCUUUCAAAUCUAUAUAGAAUUCUCUUGCAGAAAAAUGACAGUUUCAGAGAUCCUUAUGAAAUACAUUCUUUUUGUAGCUUUUGCAGACUAUAAAAGAUUUAGACUGCAUCUAGAAAGCUUUUAAUAUACUGUAAAUAUAUACUCAUUUUUAAAAGCUGCUUUCAGAUAUAUCAAUAAUAAUUUGUUUUGCCACAAACAAUAAGACGAUGCACAUGAUGUAUUGUUACAGCUUAACAGAAAUAGAUACACUGCAACAGUUCACAUUAAAGUAGUUGUUGCUGGUAGUAAAAAGUCCUACAUUUAAGUCUUAAAUGAAAAUAUUUUGAAUUUUUGCCGCAUACCUAAAACUAUUAUGUUUUAACACCAGCAUACUUUUUUAAAAAAAUGUUUGCUUACAGAAAUUGAUGAUGAUACAGUAAGAGACCAUUUCUCUGAAUGUGGAAAUGUAAUCAGUGUACGAAUUGUGAGAGAUCGGAGCACAGGCAUUGGCAAAGGUUUUGGUUACGUUCUGUUUGAGGUACGUCGAUAGCUAUUCAGUAUCUGUGAUGACAGAAACUUAACAUUGUAUUAACACUGACUGAAGGGUAGCUGGUGUCAUAUGCUCAGCUGUUAGCAACAUUGUAACAUUAAAACUGUUAUGGCAGUUACAAUGAUGCACCUUCUAAAGAGUUGAUAGAAAUUGCUGCCAACUCCACUGAGGGUGACAUCAUAGCUAGACACCUCCACAACUGAAUGGUGCAGCAUUGGGGACCUGUCAUCUGUGACAACUGACUGUGCUGAGUGGAGAUUUUGAGAGUUGGAGUCCAAAGACACAGGUUCCCAAUCCCUGGCGUAGGGAAGGCACCAGUUAACAUUCAAUAACUUCUACAGAAUUGAAAACACAGUUCAAAGCAAGCAGUCUCACACAACAUGGUUCCUGAGUUUUGCCGAGUAUCACCUCUCCACUCUGAAAUAUCUAUAAUUGAAUUUGUAGCCAAGCAAAUAGAAUUGUUCUCGUAAGAACUAAAAGCUCAGUCCUCAUCAUGUCUUAUUCAGAAGCAAGUCCUACUGAAUUCAGUGGUCUUACUUCCAAGUAGGGACGUGGGUGGCGCUGUGAGUUAAACCACAGAGCCUAGGACUUGCCAAUCAGAAGGUUGGCAGUUCGAAUCCCUGUGACGGGGUGAGCUCCCGUUGCUCGGUCCCUGCUCCUGCCAACCUAGCAGUUCGAGAGCACGUCAAAGGGCAAGUAGAUAAAUAGGUACCGCUCCGGCAGGAAGGUUUCCGUGCGCUGCUCUGGUUCACCAGAAGUGGCUUAGUCAUGCUGGCCACAUGACCCGGAAGCUGUCUGCAGACAAACGCCGGCUCCCUCGGCCUAUAGAGCGAGAUGAGCGUGCAACCCCAGAGUCGUCCACGACUGGACCUAAUGGUCAGGGGUCCCUUUACCUCCAAGUAAGUGGAGUUAAGAUUGCAGACGGAGACAACAACGUUCAAAUCCUGCUGCUAGCAGAUGGUGUCUUUACUCUGUCUCACUUCUAACACCUUCACAGAGUCAGUAUUUUUCAACACACUCCCAAGCUGAUGUGCUGGGCCAUCUAUAUUUAAUUUUUCAGUGACAUGUUCAUGGGGGGGGGAGGAUUAAAGGAAGAAAGUUGAAGUAGGAAACCUUGUUUGCAGCACAGACUUGCUCAUACUUGAUAUGUUUGCAAGCAGGAAAAUUUGCAUCCGUUUCAUGCUCCAAAUAAUAAUUUAAUGCGAAAGAAGAAAAUUGUAGGCAGUUGGAUAGCUUUCCAGUGGCUAUGUUGCUUCUAUUUACUGUGCAUUUGGGGCAGACCUGUAUUUGCCUAGUUUUAAAGUGGAUGUGCUGGCAUGAUUUUUUAAAAAAACCAACCCCCCUUUUUUUACUUUAGUUGCUUUAAAUAUUUUUGUUUUAUUGUUUAUUGAUUAUUUUGUAAAGUGGUUUUUUAUUUUUGUGGAUUUUUCUGAAAGGAAAAUAAAUAUUAGUUACCAAGAUGUAAGAUGAAUGCCUAAUUUUAGAUGUUGCCCUUUAUUUUCCUUAAAGACUACAGAUUCUGUACACCUUGCACUGAAGCUAAACAACUCUGAACUGAAAGGAAGAAAGCUACGAGUGCAACACUGUGUUCAAAAAGAAAAAGCUCCACAGAAGAGUUUAGUCAAGAAUGUAAAGAGCCCUGUUGGACUGAAGUAUUCAAAGUCUUCUUCACUGAAAAAUGCAAAAGGAUUAUCGAGUAACUCUUUUGCUGGUGAAAAAGCAACCCCAGUGACAAAGAGCAAAAAAACCAAGUCAAAACACAUAAUGAAGAAGAAACCGAGAAAAUCCAUUUGAAAUAGUUACGCUGCAAGUUUUGAAUUGUAUUUUUAAAUAAAUUUUAUUUCAUAGUC